AUGACAUUUGCUCCGGCAGAGGGGUCGACUGGUGGGCUUAUAUGCGGUUGGAAUCCUAACUUCCUUGAUGCCUCGGACAAUAUUAUUUACCACAGGUUUAUUGCUCUAGUAGGAAGAAUCAGAGGGAGUGACUUUAACGCUUACCUAAAUUCUGAAGAAAAAAUUGGGCUCUCUGAAAAUAGUCGAACAAUAGAAAUCUUCAGGAAUUUUGUACAAAGAGUGAGAUUGGUGGAUCUUCCAUUGGAAGAGGGGACUUAUACAUGGUGUAAUAAUCAGUUCUCACUCACGUUUGUGCGGCUGGAUCGCUUUUUAGUAGCAGCGGAGGUGAUACAUGCAUUCCCAAAUUUGUCUCAAAAGUUAUUGUCCAAAGAAUUAUCGGGUCAUAAGGCCAUCCUAUUAUAUUCAACUACUGUUGAAUGGGGCCCUAAACCAUUCAAGUUCUAUAAUUACUGGCGCGAGUCAGAUGGGUUUGGUAAAUUUGUCACUAAUUCUUUUAAGGUGCUUAAAUCUGCAGGAGGUUACAAAAGCAUCGGGCAACUUCUAAGGAAUUCUAAAAAGUCCAUAAAGCAGUGGUAUGCGAGUUCAAGAACCGAUAUCCAAACUAAUAUUGAAUCACUGGAAACAAACAUUUGGAUUUUAGAAAGUAAAACGUGGAAAUAUGAGGCCUCUGCUAAUUUAUUUCUCGAGCUACAUAAUCUUAAAACCAAGUUAUGGCAUGUUUAUCUGAAUGAAGAGUGA